AUGAAACCACCAAUACUUGUCCCACCGGUACCCAAAAAGCCAUUGUUGGGGGCUCUACUUGCUCAAUACCUAGAGGAAACUGGAAAGGAGAAUACAAUAUACUACAUCAGCAAGAAGAUGUUGCCUUAUGAAGAAAAGUAUUCACCUUUAGAAAAGACAUGCGUAGCACUUGUUUGGGCAACUCACAAACUCAAACAUUAUAUGCUUGCCUACAAGAUUUUGUUGAUUGCAAGAAUGGACCAUUUGAAGUACUUAAUGGAAAAGCCUGUGCAAGAUGGGAAGACUGCUAAAUGGGCUUUGCUUUUAUCAGAAUUUGAUAAUGAAAACGAGACACAGAAAUCUGUAAAGGGGAGAGCAAUUACUGAUCACUUAGCCCCUUAUUCACUAGAAGAAGCUGAAAAGAUCCAAGGAGACUUUCCAGAUGAAGACAUCAUGGGGAUUGAGGUAGAAUCAUGGAAGAUGUAUUUUGACAGAGCCACAAAUCAAAAUGGAAAUGGAAUUGGAAUUCUCUUAAUUUCUCCAAAAGGGACACACAUUCCAUUUUCUGGCAAACUCAACUUUCCUGCCACCAACAAUACCACUGAAUAUGAAGCUUGCAUCAUGGGAUUACAAGUAGCACUAGGCCUUGGAGUGAAAGAGUUGGAGGUAUACGGAGACUCAGCUUUGAUAUCCUCCCAGAUUCAAAAUAAAUGGAAGAUCAAAGAGGAAAGGCUAAUGCUUUAUCAUGAACGCCUUCAAAAAUGGGCAUCAAAAUUCAACAGGAUUCGAUAUCGAUAUGUGCCAAGGAUGCAGAAUCAAAUUGCAAAUGCUUUAGCAACCAUGGCAUCCAUGAUGGAUGGGCCUAAGAAAGAUGAAACCAGACCAAAAGUGGUGGAACAAAAAGAAGAACCAGCCUACUACACGACAAUAAAAGAGGAUGAAGGAAAGAAUGGGGAAGGUGAAUGGUAUUCAGACAUCCUACAAUACCUCAAGGAUGGGACAUACCCUAAGUUUGCAGACAAGAAUGACCAAUUAACCAUCUGGAAGUUGUCUACUAAUUACAAUAUUUGUGGUGAAAGGCUUUACAGAAGAUCAUAUAAUGGAAUUCAUCUCCUUUGUGUAACCACCAAGGAAGCACAUCAAAUAAUUGAAGAGUUUCAUGAGUCAAGUUAUGGGCCACAUAUGAGUGCACACAUGCUAUUAAGAAAGAUAAUGAGACAAGGUUACUACUGGACUACUAUGGAAGCUGACUGUGUGGCUCAUAUUCAAAAAUGCUAUCAAUGCCAAGUCUAUAGAGAUCUGAAGCACAUGCCACCCAUGCCACUACACACCAUGACAUCACCCUGGCCAUUCUCUACAUGGGGAAUAGACAUUAUUGGGAAAAUUCACCCAACAACAUCUAAUGGUCAUGAAUUCAUACUUGUAGCCAUUGAUUACUUCACCAAAUGGGUAGAAGCCACCUCAUAUAAGGUUUUGAAUUCCAAGAAAGUUGCUCAAUUCAUUCAGACCAAUAUCAUUUGCAGAUAUAGGGUACCACAUGAAAUUAUCCCUGACAAUGGGCAACAUUUCAAGGGAGAAACAAAGAAGCUACUAUGA